UCGUGGAGCAGCUCGACUGUUUGUCAUAAACGGAGCGACGUAUUUUCGACCUGUCCUUUCCCUUCAGUUAGCUAUCCCUCCACCCUCCACUGCGCUAGUCCUGUAAGGGAAAUGUCUCUUCGCUGCUGGGAUGCCACCCGCACUCUGGGGCCCCGGGUAUUCGGGAGAUAUUUAUGCAGCCCGGCCAGACUGUUAAGUUCCUUGCCAGAUGAAAAAAAGGAACUUUUAAAAAAUGGACCAGACCUUCAAGAUUUUGUAUCUGGUGAUCUUGCAGUCAAGAGCACCUGGGAUGAAUAUAAAGGAAACCUAAAACGCCAGAAAGGAGAAAGGUUAAGACUACCUCCAUGGCUAAAGACAGAGAUUCCCAUGGGGAAAAAUUACAAUAAACUGAAAAAUACUUUGCGGAAUUUAAAUCUCCAUACAGUAUGUGAGGAAGCUCGAUGUCCCAAUAUUGGAGAGUGUUGGGGAGGUGGAAAAUAUGCCACCGCCACAGCCACCAUCAUGUUGAUGGGUGACACAUGUACAAGAGGUUGCAGAUUUUGUUCUGUUAAGACUGCAAGAAAUCCUCCUCCACUGGAUGCCAGUGAGCCCUACAAUACUGCAAAGGCAAUUGCAGAGUGGGGUCUGGAUUAUGUUGUCCUGACAUCUGUGGAUCGAGAUGAUAUGCCUGAUGGGGGAGCUGAACACAUGGCAAAGACUGUAUCAUAUUUAAAGGAAAGGAAUCCAGAAAUUCUUGUGGAAUGCCUUACCCCUGAUUUUCGAGGGAAUCUCAAAGCAAUAGAAAAAGUUGCUCUGUCAGGAUUAGAUGUGUAUGCACAUAAUGUAGAAACAGUCCCAGAAUUACAGAGUAAAGUUCGUGAUCCUCGGGCCAAUUUUGAUCAGUCCCUACGUGUACUGAAACAUGCCAAGAAGGUUCAGCCUGAUGUUAUUUCUAAAACAUCUAUAAUGUUGGGUUUAGGCGAGAAUGAUGAGCAAGUAUAUGCAACAAUGAAAGCACUUCGUGAGGCAGAUGUAGACUGCUUGACUUUAGGACAAUAUAUGCAGCCAACAAGGUGUCACCUUAAGGUUGAAGAAUAUGUUACUCCUGAAAAAUUCAAAUACUGGGAAAAAGUAGGAAAUGAACUUGGAUUUCAUUAUACUGCAAGUGGCCCUUUGGUGCGUUCCUCAUAUAAAGCAGGUGAAUUUUUCCUGAAAAAUCUAGUGACUAAAAGAAAAACAAAAGCCUCCUAAAACUUCAACAAGACCUUCAAGAUCACAGAAAUUUUUUAAAAUUUGAUUCCAGUUAAUAACAGAGGUGGCAUCAGAAUGCCUGGACUGUAGUAGGUGUACCCCUUCUCUUUGCUUUAAAAAAAAAAAGUCAGUAGCCAAGCACGGUGGCUCGCGCCCGUAAUCUCAGCACUUCAGGAGGCCGAGGCAGAUUACCUCUGGUCAGGAGACCAGCCUGGCCAACAUGGUGAAACCCCAUCUUCAACUUAGCUGGGCAUGGUGGUGGGUGCCUGUAAUCUCAGCUACCUGGGAGGCUGAGGCAGGAGAAUCGCUUGAACCUGGGAGGUGGAGGUUGCAGUGAGCCAAGAUUGCUCCAUUGCCCUCCAACCUGGGUGACAAGAACAAGACUCUGUCUCAAAAAAAUAAAUAGGAAAAAAAAGUCAAUAAACUGUACAGAUUUAAUUAUAGUAAUUCACUUGGCUUUUAGUAUAUCUUCUUUGUCCCAAUAGAGUUGCUAUGAUGUAAUCUUAAAA